CCCGACUAGUCGCAGCGCGAAGCAGAAAGACCUGUGCUUACUUGCCUGCGUGCCAUGGUCUACGAAGGUUCAACUCUAUUUCAGUAUUGUGUUGUGCCUCGUGCCGUAGAACAGCAUGCAGUAUUAUAAGUUGUAUUAACUAGAUUUGCAGAAUGGCCGGAGUGCUUGAAAGUUUGAGGGAAGAAGAUUUCGUUCAGUAUUACUUAUUUCCUCUUGAGAUUGAAGACAUUAUUAACGCUAAUGAAGAAAUACAUCGGGAAGUGAAGGUGACUUUGUCCUAUGUGUUGUCCAUAGUCCGUAAAUACAGUGAAAAUUAUAUAUGGCAUAAAGAUUCCUUCAGUGUCACCCCUGUUACUGCACCAUUGUUGUCAUUGUAUUCUGAACAGAAUUGUAAAGGCCCUUUGCCACAACAUUUUUAUGGCAGUUCACAUUACGGAGAUAACAUAGAAGAUGAAUGGUUUAUUGUCUAUUUGCUGCUGCAGUUAACAAAAGAAAUUGAUGGAUUGGUAGCAAGAGUUGUAGAUUCAGAUGGUGAAUUCUUGCUUAUUGAGGCUGCAGAUUAUCUACCAGAUUGGGCCAACCCAGAAACCUGUGAACAAAGGGUUUAUUUGUACCAAGGAGCUGUACAUAUUGUACCCAUGGAACAAGAAAAUGGACAAAACAGUGAUUUCUUGUCUGUAGUGGAUGCAAUAUUCCAAGUACGUAAACAACCACAGAAAACUAUAGCUUCACAAGCAAUCCAAGAUGCUGUUCAAGCAAGGAUUGGAGGUUACCCUGGUAAAAUUGUUGAAUUACUGCAUCGGACAAAUGCGUAUGUUCCGGUUGGAGUUGCAGCCCUUCUGAAAGAGAAGCCAAAUUUAAUUUCACCAGCAGUUCUAGCUUUUUGCAAUAGGGAUCCAAUUGAUAUGAAGGUGUGUCGAGCUAUGCGUUACUUUCCUCCUGAGAACAGAAUAAUGACAAGCGUGGUGUUUACUAAAUGUCUCUAUGCAAUGCUGACUCAUCACAAGUUCAACCCUGAUCGACGUACUGGAUGGAACAUGCCUCCAUCCAACAGCUCAGACUUCAAAGCUCAUAAUCUAGGAAUGAAAUUGGCCUGUGGUUUUGAGAUCUUGGUUGCUCAAGCAAAGCCAACAUCUCAAGGAGAUAAGAAAACACAGAAUCCUGUUGAUCUAGAUGGUGAUCAUGGCUGGAGUCAGUAUCUGAAUAACCUAAGAAAGACAGGGUACUUCAAGGAUCUCUUGGAAGGUUCGAAAGAUUAUCAAAGCUUGAUAGCAAAAGCUGAAGAAUACUAUAUAAGUCACAGAAAUUCAAUGCAUUGUGAACAUUCCACAGGACAAGAAAUACUCACCUUGUUAGGCAGCAUUGAAAAUGAUAUAGCAGAAUUCAAGAAAGCAGAAAAUGGUCUGCCACCCCCUGAUGAUGAAAAAUGGUUGGAAUUGUGUCCAAAAGACUUGGAUGCAAUGUUGGAAGAACGAUAUGGACCAAAGAAAUUUGUUGCAACAAACAGCAAUAGUAAUCCAUCAAACGUAUCUGCUCAGCUGGCAAAAUUUAUGGAUCACAUGUCAGGAGUAGAUGGAGCUGAAUAUCCAGGAACACAAGAAAAAUCAAGUGAAACUGAAACUCCUCCACUUCGCCCAAAAAGAGGAAUAAAGAAAGGGAAAGGUGUCAGCUUUGCUGCAGAAGUUAGAAACCGUGAGGAAGGGACUUCAUCUCCCAGCUCAGAAAACAGAAUAUCAUUUGACCAAGAAGCUUUCUCCUGUGCAGUCCAGAAUAUUCUUGAUUUUGUAAUACCUGAAGACAGCUGGGAUUUGGAAUCAGAUGGCUCAGGUAUGAGUUCAUAUGAAGAUGAGAUGGAAAUGGAUCUUGAUCAAUUGAAACCAGGAAAAGAAAAGAAGGGGAAGGAACCAGAAUUUGAAUUAAAACAAUACAUGGACCAGAUGGACCGAGAACUAGCCAGUACAUCCAUGGGACAGAGUUUUGAAAAAGCCAGCAAUAGUAAAGAUAAGGGCAAGAGACCUGUGAACAGCAGUAUAUCCACAGAAGGUGAUACCUUUGAAGAUAUAGAAGCCUUUGACCCUGUGGAUAUUGAUAUGAAUGCUCUGAAGAAUAUUUUGGAAUCAUACCAGUCACAAAUGGGUGGACCUGGGCCUGCUAGCAACAUGCUUGGUCCAAUGGGUAUAAGGUUAGAGUCAGAACCACAGACUCCAAAACCUGGGAAUUCAUAAAAUGUAGGCUAGCUAUGCAAUAACUGCCAACACUUCCGGUUUCAGCUAAUUAUUAGAUUACAGCUAAAGUUUCUUGAAUAAUGCAUAUAUAAAAUGUAGUAUAUAAGAAUCUAUCUUUCUUUCUUUUUUCAUUAUAUGUCAUUAAGAUAAGGGUAAUAGUUUAAGGGGAAAAGAGCUGCCAUAUAUUUCUAGUUGGCUAAAGAAAUGACAGCAAAUUUCUGGUGGUUAGAUAACUAGUUUUGAAAUCAAGCUUCUCACCUAAAGAAUCCCAGUAACUAAAACAGUUACUCUGUCAUCCAACUUCUUUCCCCUCUGUCUUCUACAUUUUUAUACUAGUAUUUUAAGCCUGUUUUCCAUCAAAAUAUUAUAUUUGGUUAAAUAAGGUUCCUGUCCUUAAUAGGAAUUGUCAUUUUAUUUUAAGAUUUUUGUUCCUGUUGUGCCAAAAUUAAAAUUCUAUUCUUGUUCUAUAAAACUGAACAAAGCUGAAAUGUCAUUUCUGUUUUGGAAGUGGCAAACUUCACACAUACUUUGUGUCAUCUGUUUUUGUAAGUAGUUACAACCAAUUCUUGUUAAUCUGUGGUGGCAGCAUAAUUUUCUUGCCUUCUUGCAUCCAAUUACUGGAGCAUAUUUCUGUAGCAGUUUGAAUAGGUACUUUGGAAUCAUCCCUCUUCCUAUCUUCACUAUCUUCUGUUCCUAUUGGAUCUUAAGCACACAGCACUAUUUGUACAUCUUAGUGAACCAGCCAUCAUGACCAGCCAGUUGGCAGUUGGUUGUUGGUCUCUUUAUGUCUAUUAAUUAAUCUGAUUCAUGUAACAAUGCAAAAUUUUGCAGCCUUAUAUAAUAUUAACAAGACGGUAGUUUGCAUGAACUUGCAAGGGCUGAGCUCUGAUUGGUCUGAAAUCCAGAUAACGCAGACACACUGAGAUUUCAUUUUUAAUAUCAGAACAAACUAAAACAUGUACUCACUAUUGAUUCUGUACAUGGAAUUCAUUCCUUGAAACAGACUGGUGUACCAUCUUCAAAGUGGAAAAAUAAUGAGACUGAGUUUAAUCAUCAUGACAAUCAGAAAUGCAGAAAUACACCUUUUAGUGUUACUCAUGAAAUAGUAGGUUCAGGUAUGUGACAAAGUUUUUAUGUUUUUUACAAAAUAUUUUUAUAAACAUGACUUAUUCUGGACAUUGUCCAUUUUCCUGGUUGUGUCCAAAUGUGUUCCAGAAUCUGGAUCUGCUUUUGUCUUCAGGUAUCGAGUUGGUCUUAAUAAAAGGGCCCAUCUGAGUAAUAACCUUACCUCUCUCCCAUUUUUAUACUUGAAGACAGAAACAUCCAGUUUACAAAACGUGUUUGAAACAGACCAAGAUUAUGGAUAAUGCCCAGAAUAAUAGAUGUUUAUUGUAACAAACCAUUAUCAGAAACCUGUAUAUUUAGCUAAAAUUAUUUUCCUCCAGCUUUCACAGAUUGAACCAUCUGGCCUGUUCCAAUGCAAAACAAAUUUUGUAUAUUUAUUUUAAUAAAAUCUUUAUUUACCUACUUCUGAUAAGAAUAAUAUGAUAAUAUAAUAAUUGUGUGCCAGGAAAACAGUUUGUUGACUGCAUUUCUGUUACUGAAGCUGAUGAUUAGUUAUGUAUUCUUGAAGUUUGGGUUGCUUUUACAUCAGAAAAGUGGAAGAAUGGGAACAGAUUUAAUCUGAAGAAAAUGUUUUAAUUAUAAAUAUUGAGUUUAUACUGUGUGCUAUUUCUAAUCAAAUAUUAAUGGACAAUUUAACUUUAGCUUAGAAUUAAUUUAUCUCAUAAGCUAAAUUAAUUUUAUCAUAUUAAUUAGUUUCUUUUCCAGUAUAUCAAAUUGGAUGGUAGACAGAAUUAAUCAAAGUAUUAAUUCUGGUGCUGGUAAUCAAGAGUACAUUAUUAUUUGUCAUCUUUCAAGUAAGUGUUCCUUUACAUUAAUAUUUGUUAAGUCGUGCCAUGCUGCUUAUGGUAAUAUUUACUGUAUCUUGUCUCUGAAAUGAAAGUGUAUGGGUAUGUUCAAUAGUCAUAGUAUUAUCACAAUGCAAAUUUUGAAAGGGAGAAGCCAGGUAAUGAUUUAUGCAGUAAAUUAUCAUUCUUACAAGAGAUGGAUGAGCUUCAGCACCAAAUGUGUGCUGUGUUCCAUUUUAUAUUGCUCUACUCUAUACCUCAUAUCAUGUAAUAGUUUAACCUGGAUUUCCUCCUUUGACAGCUUGAGAGCCUGUAAUGAACUUAUAUGCACAACUAUUUCAAUUGCACUGCCAUUAUUUGAAAGAUGUUUAAUUUAAUUUCAGUAUCAUUUAUUAUAAAAUUACAAUUUUUGUGAGAAUGGUGUGUGGCUUUAUAGAACCUGUGUGAAUGUUCCAAGUGACAAAAAACAAAGGAAUGUUGUCAAUUUCUGGAUUUUUUAAAUAUCCCUUUAACUCCAUAGAGCAGAGUCUCUGCUGAGAAGCUAACAGUUGCUCAGCCAGUCAAGAAAUCUCCCAUUUUUAUGGCACUUGGAAGGUUCAUUACUAUGUUCAGAUGAUCCUAUCAUGAGAAUAAAGCAACCCUACGACCCCCUCCUCAAAUUUGGUGUUAAAUAAUCCCUUUAUUAAUAUUAAUUGCACAUUUUUGGAACAGUGUUGAAAAUAAAGGAGAAAGCCAGAGACAGAUUUGAUCACAUUAAUUUUUACUGCCUCAGCUGGCUACAAGGAGCAGAGGGAAUGUAUGAAGCAGUGGCACAGCACAUUGACUUUUGGGACAUACAAUCUGAUCAUUUCCUUCCCCUGCCAUAAAAAUCUUCACACACAUUUUGCACUACAAGAACGUGAUUGGCUAGUACUUAGAUUACUCUCGAUGAUCAUGUAAAGGUGACCAUGGAGUUACAUAGCUAGCAAAAGGGCAGAACACUAGAAGAUAGCAGCUAUGCCUAUAGCUGAUUUUACAGUAUGUAAAAACAAGCAAAAUACAGUGUGUUUAGACUAUACAUGUAAUGCUGUCAUUUUACACAACUGAUGUCAGUAGUACAAUAAAAUGCUACAUUUCCUCCAGUGA